AUGAGCUUCCUUCAAGACAAGACCAUACCGCAGGGCCAAGAAACCGACUAUCUGUGCGAAUCACAAGUCUCAGUCUUGAUUACUGCUAUCAAUUCGAAGAUCUGGACAGGAUACUGCUUCGUCGAUACGUAUCAUGAGCUCGCAGAGAAGAGGCAAACUGUCGAAAGUUACUGUAAAAACGAGCUCGAUCCUGAUCAAUUACAGAAAGAUCCUUGUGUUGAUCAUGAAUCCGAAAACCCGAUACUGGAUCCGGGGGAGUAUUUUCUGACCUCGCUGGAUUGUCAACUAAAGGUCUUCAAGAAUGAAUGGAUGGAAACAAAUCGCAUGUUCACAGAGAGGGUACAAGAAUAUGUAUGGGCAUCUCAUACUCCUCAAAGGCUGGCUUUAACUGAUAUACCAUAUUCUCAGAUUGACCAAUUCCCAUACGAAGCCCAAAAUCUACCUGAGAGAUCUUCUCGAGCUAGGCAAGAACCUCUAAAAUGGCUCCGUCAGACGAGACGUAUUCUCACAGCCCUAAUACUAUGCCUGGACUUGACCAUCAGCUGUUGGGACAAUUACCCCUUUCAAGGGCAAUUCCAAACAGAAUAUGCACAACGGUGUCUCACGUCUAUCCAACAGAGCUUCGUCGAGUCAAAGAAUUGCUUAAAAAAGUUGGAAGGCAUUCGAACGCUGUGUGACGAGCACAAAGAAGCAGUAUGA